AUGUCUCGCCAUCAUCCCGAUCUCGUCAUGUGUCGCAAGCAGUCCGGUAUCGCCAUCGGCCGCCUCUGCGACAAAUGCGACGGUAAAUGCCCCGUAUGCGAUUCCUAUGUCCGUCCUACCACCCUCGUCAGAAUCUGCGACGAAUGCAGCUUUGGAAAUUAUCAGAACAAGUGUGUUGUGUGCGGUGGCGAGGGCAUUUCCGAUGCGUUCUACUGCUUCGAAUGUACCCGCUUGGAAAAGGACAGAGAUGGGUGUCCGAAAAUCAUCAACCUAGGAUCUUCGCGCACGGAUCUUUUCUACCAGAAAAAAAACUUUCGGAAUCACUAA